GUCAUCAAGGUUCGUGUACGCAGGAGAUGAUGACGUAGUACACAUCAGGUGUCUGUAAGCAUGGCGCAGGAUUCACCUGGUGGAGAAAACGGGCAAAAACAACAAAAACUCAGCCACAAGCAGAAGAAAGCCUUAUGGAGGAAAGAGAAAAGACGAAAGAAACGCCAGGAAGAAGCAAGAGCAAGAGAGGAAGAGUUGCAAGCUGAACCAGGAACAAAUGAAGCACCAGAAAAGGAAGAAGUGAGUGAUGGAGAGAGGAACAGACAAGAAGAUGAAGCGGAGAGGGAGAGACAGCAUCAGUUAUGGUUGGAAAGGGAGGCUCGAGCCCAGGAGGAGUUCAGAGUCAGGAGGGAGAGAGAGGAGAUGAAGAAGAGGGAACUGGAAGAGCAGGAGAGGUUGAUAAGGGAAGAAUGGGAAGAACAACAGAGACAGGAGAAGGAGGCAAAAGAAAGGAAGGAGCAACAGAAGAAGGAACAAGAGGACAAGUUGAACAAGAUGUUAGACUCUUCAAGUACAUCAGGAACUAAGAAGAAGGAGGAGUGGCACAACCCAAUGGCUCCGGCUGACUACAGCGCAGGUGGCGAGGUGCCUGCACCAUCUGGCAGGGCAGCAGAGGACUGCCCCUUCUUCAAGAAAACUGGUGCCUGUAGAUUUGGUGACAGGUGCUCCAGAAAGCACACAAGACCCGACUCCUCCACAACUCUCCUUAUUGCUGGAAUGUUUGCGACCUUUGCCCUGGACCAGACCCAGAGAGAUGACUUUGAUGAGACCAUGUAUCUGGAGUAUGGUGAGGACGAACUGUACAAGGACUUUAUAGAGUUCUACAACGACACACUGCCAGAGUUCAGAACGCUGGGGAGAGUGGUACAGUUCAAGGUCUGCUGCAACCAUGAGCCACACUUACGAGGGAACGUCUACGUUCAGUAUGAGAGGGAGGAGGACUGCUUGGAAGCUAUAAGGAAGUUCCACGGCCGCUUCUAUGCAGGUAAACAGCUCACCUGUGAGAUGACACCUGUCACAAGCUGGAAGUCUGCUAUUUGUGGUCUGUUUUCUCGGAAGAGAUGCCCAAAGGGAAAGCACUGCAACUUCCUGCACGUCUUCCCCAACCCUGGGCGGGAGUUCCGAGAUGCAGACGAGGACCACCACUUGGGUAGAGGUCAACAGGACAGCCGGCGGAGUUGGCGGGAGUUUAGUGAACGACGUGGUUCUGUUAGCGCCAGGUCCUGGAGACAGUCAUCAGAACGACGGAGUCACAGUCCUUCUCACAGGAGUCAGAGGAGUCUGAGGAGAGAAUCUCGGAGUAGGUCUAGGGAGAGGUCAAGACGCAGGUCAAGGGUUAGGUCAAGGUCAAAAAGUCGGUCAAGACGGAGGAAGAGGUCAAGGAGUAGGUCAAGAGAAAGAAGCAGUAGAAGGGAACAAGAUAGAGUUAGUAGGACCAACAGAGGCUCAAGCAUAGGACAAAGUAGUAGAACUGAAAAUGAAAAAGAGCACAAGGAUGUAAAGAAUGAAGACUCCGAUUCUGGUCAAGAAAGCAGCAAUACUGAUGAUCAUACACGCAAUGAAGAAACGGUAGAUGGACAAAAGGAGAUGGAAACAUCAACAGGUAGUUGUCUGAAUCCUGAUGAUGGUAAGGACACUGUAACAGGGCAACAAGAGGAAGUGGUGUUGACAAGAUCUCCAAGGAAGUCAAAGUCACCUUCUGUGAAGCAGUGGUCAAGGUCAAGGAGCAGGUCAAAGUCAAGGUCUCCUCACGCGUCCUCACACCACAAACACAAACGGUCCCACUCACACAGGAGACAUCGUAAGAAAAAGAAGAAGAAGAGAAGAAAGAGAGCUGAAGAUGAGGAGGACAGCAGAGAUAAGUCUUCAUCAGGUUCUGGUUCAGAGCAGGAGGAGGUUGAAUCAUGUGAUACAGUGUUAGAUUCUGUUAGCACACAAGAAACAUAAUGGCUGUGUGUUGAAUAUACAGUUUUGGCAUCAGAUAUUAUUACAAUCAUUUUCUCUGUACCAUAGUAGCCUGAGUACCAUCCUCUGUAGUGACAGUGACCGUUGGCUCAAUCCUUUUUCUUUGCUAACCACAGAUAGCAAGUUAAUUAAAGGAUUGAGCCAGUGGGCACUACGAAGGAUGGUUUUCAGACUAGUAUCAUACUAUAGGUGAUGUGACUUUAAGUCAUUUCUUGCCUAACAUCAGCUUAAAAGUUGGGCUUUUCUAAUGCAGAAAACAUUGUAUAUGGUGCUCUGUUUAUUUUUGUAUCAGUUGUCACUAUUCAUAGCAUUGGGUAUGGCAAAUGUAAAGUCAUGAAUAAAGUUGUCUCAGUAGUAGUGCAGAAAGAUAAAAAAUGGUGUGAAGAGAGUUUUGUGGAACUAGUUUUGAUUGACAGUUGAUUAAUUGGCUGUAUUAAGACAUUUUUAGGCCUCUGGUAAGCUUGAAGGAAGUUUCCAUCAACGAACUAUUACACCAUAUUUCUGUUGUAUUUCUGGAAAAAGAUGUCUCAGAGUAUCAGGUUCAACCUGAAAUUAUACAUGUAGAAGACAUAUGACAAUAUUUUUUCAGGUGUUUUGUCUCUUUACAGAAGCUGUUUUUAAAUUAGGUACAUGUAUAUACAAAACUGGCCAUGGUGAGUCCCAACAACUCUUUAUUCAUUAUGUAGGUGCUGUACAGAAAACGUGACAACUUUUCUGUGGUAUUGACCACGAUGCAGUAUUGAUAAAAAGUCUUGUGUAAAUGACAGUAAUCAAGUAGUAUUUUUCUUUGCAGGCAACUUUUUUAGUUACUAUUGUACCCACAUGUAACAUUAAAUACAUUUCUUGGCCCUA